GCUCUGGGCGGUUCCUUGGGCGUGGGCGGUGACCACUCACCGGGCGGUGACUCACCGGGCGAUGAUCCGCUCGAUGCCGUCGGCGGGCUCGACGACGUCAAGGCGGCGCUCGACGAGGCGCUGUCGCUCCCGUCCCGCCACCCCGCCGUCUUCGCCGACGCGCCCCUGCGGCUUCGCACGGGCGCGUUACUCUACGGACCGCCGGGGUGCGGCAAGACGAUGGUGAUCAGGGCGGCGAUCAAGGCGGCGGGGGUUCGAUCCGUCGCGAUAAAGGGCCCCGAGCUGCUCAACAAGUACAUCGGGCAGUCCGAGGCUGGGGUCCGCGACGCCUUCAGGCGCGCCGCCGCCGCCGCGCCGUGCGCGCUCUUCUUUGACGAGUUUGACUCGAUUGCGCCCAGGCGCGGGCACGACUCCACCGGCGUGACGGAUCGCGUCGUCAACCAGUUUCUCACCGAGCUGGACGGCGUGGAGGGCUUACGCGGGGUGGUGGUGCUCGCGGCGACGUCCAGGCCGGACCUCGUGGACCCCGCGCUGCUGCGACCCGGCCGGUUGGACAGGCUGCUGCGUUGCGACUUUCCCGACGUCGCCGCGAGGUUGGAGAUUUUGGAGAAGGCGGCGAGAGACGUCGGGUUGGUGGACGAUCAGAGGGCGCUCAACGAGGACGUCCUGGGGCUGCACGCGGUGGCGAACGACACGGAGGGUUUCAGCGGCGCGGACCUCCGCGCGAUCGUGACGGACGCUCGCAUGCACGCG